CGUGCGUGGGUGGGUGCCUGUCCUAAGGCUAAGGCCAUAUAUAUAUUGCACUAUGUGUCCACGGACGUGGAGUUGAGUGGGACUGACUUUGUGUUGGCAGCGCGGCUGUUUGUCCUCCUGUCAUCUCUGUCUUAAAGGGACCCAGCGGCGGGAAUAUAAAGCAGCUCUCAGAUCAGUCUGGACCCGAGGAAGCUUUUGUCCCCGCGAGUGACCACAGUCUUGUCAAACACCUGAUCCUGUAAAAGAAAACAAAACAAAACAAAAAAAAAAGCAAACAAAAACAAGAAACAUGACUGACAUAAGUGAUGUUCUGGACGAUGGCUCUUUCAUGUUCACGUCGGAGUCCGUGGGAGAGGGACAUCCAGACAAAAUCUGUGACCAGAUCAGCGACGCUGUCCUGGACGCUCACCUGAGGCAGGACCCGGACGCCAAAGUGGCCUGUGAGACGGUGUGUAAGACCGGCAUGGUGCUGCUCUGCGGCGAGAUCACGUCCCGAGCCAACGUGGACUACCAGAAGGUGGUGAGAGACGCCAUCAAGGAGAUCGGCUACGACAACUCGGACAAAGGUUUUGACUAUAAGACGUGUAACGUGCUGGUGGCUCUGGAGCAGCAGAGUCCAGACAUCGCUCAGGGCGUCCACAUUGACCGACAUGAGGAGGAUAUUGGAGCGGGAGAUCAGGGUCUGAUGUUCGGGUAUGCCACAGAUGAAACCGAGGAGUGCAUGCCUCUCACCAUCAUGUUGGCCCACAAGCUCAACGCAAAGAUGGCUGAGCUCAGACGCAACGGCACCGUCCCCUGGCUGCGUCCCGACUCCAAAACACAGGUGACAGUGCACUACGAGCAGCAUGAAGGCGCCGUCAUCCCCAAAAGAGUUCACACCAUCGUGGUCUCUGUCCAGCACGAUGACUGCAUCUCCCUGGAGGACCAGAGGAAAAUCCUGAAGGAGAAGGUGAUCAAUGCUGUGGUUCCUGCUAAAUAUUUGGACGACAAGACCAUCUACCACCUGCAGCCAAGUGGGCGCUUCGUCAUCGGAGGACCUCAGGGUGAUGCUGGCGUGACGGGAAGGAAGAUCAUCGUAGACACAUACGGAGGUUGGGGUGCUCACGGAGGCGGAGCGUUCUCCGGCAAAGACUUCUCAAAGGUGGACCGUUCGGCUGCGUACGCCGCACGCUGGGUGGCCAAGUCUCUGGUCAAAGCUAAACUGUGCAGGAGAGUUCUGGUUCAGGUGUCUUAUGCUAUCGGAGUGGCCCACCCUCUGUCCGUCUCCUUGUUCACCUAUGGCUCCUCCAAGAAAUCAGAGACAGAGCUGCUCCAUAUUGUCAACAAGAACUUUGAUCUGCGGCCAGGAGUCAUUGUCAGGGAACUGAACCUGAAGAGGCCAAUCUACCAGCAAACCGCCUGUUAUGGCCACUUUGGCCGACCAGAGUUUACAUGGGAGGUGCCCAAACCGCUCGUCUUCUAAAUCUGCCACAUCUGCUCGCCCUAACCAACAACUGUUUGUGAGCUACCACCGCCAACUCCAGCUGCUGACAGAAGAUGUUUAGAACCCCUCCCUCCCAAAAAGGGGAAGAGAACCAAAGCCAAACAGAGCGAUGAGUUAUCCUUAAAGAGAUGAGAGGAUAAUCAUAAAAAGUGGUUUUAGCCAAACGGAUGUUAAGUGGGACUUUCUCCCCAAACGAGAAGAGAGACAUUGCAGAGUUCAUCUCAGUAACUGUCUUCAGGCGUUAGCUGUAGGAAGCUGGAAUCUCAUCCAAGAGGAUCCCUCAGUUCUGACUGUUAGAGAAAUCCAGGUAUUUAUGAUGCGUUCUAGUUGUAGUCGGCGGUUUCAACUGGAACGCGCCCCUUAUGUCAGAAUUCCAACUCAGAAACCUCACAAACCCUAACAUAGGUUUCACUUAUGUCGCUCCCAGCGCUUGCACACACGUACACAUUGCCCUGUCUCUAAUAUUGGAAAGGGACAAUGUGGCUUUCUCCAAAUAUUGAUGGGGAUAUGGGGACUGCUGUCCAUACACACAAACCUACACCCUUGGUUUUUAGUUAUAUUUUAACAACCCCGCUAAGCUCAGCUCCCAUUGGCUCCCACGCAAUUUGAAUUUGUAAACCUGGAGGGGGACGUGAAUCCACUCAGUCGCUACUUUAACUCCUCUGACCCAGUUUCAGGUUGUUGAUUCACGUGAGAUGGCUGAUAUAGUGUCCUGGACCACCUCCUCUGUUGAGUGAUGGUUCCUCCUUCUCCUUUCAAACCAUGCUGGCCAGAGAAGACAGUUGUUGCUCUCGUCACGUAUUCAGAAUUAGAGGUUAAAUACUUGUAAAAGUCCACCAGUUAGUCAGAACUGGAGAAGCCUCUUGGAUGAGGUGAAACGUCUUAAUCUUAACUCGAGCAAGUCCAGUUACCUACAGCUGAACUCCUGAAGAUGACCAUGACCUGGAUGACUGAGAACCGUCACAGACGUCUCAGUAAACAAUUGCUACCUAACAUAAAGAAAAAACAACAACAUCUAAUUACUGGUGCUUUAGAAAUAUAGAAGCGAUCACCGUAGUCACAGCUCUUCCUUGGUUAUAUAAAAGAAUGGCAGAAAACACGAGCAGCAUUUAGAGUUUUUCGUGAAAAGCUGUGGGUUCUUUUUACGAUGUUCACAAAACAACCACGGUGCUUUAUUUUGAAAAAAGAUGCUGCUGACAAUAAUAGCAGGUGUUUUGUCAGUGAAUGUCAGUGGUGUAAUUAUUGCUAAACCAAAGGCUUGGCUUUAGAUGGAAAUUAAUUUAAUUUUUAUUUUUUACUAUAAAAUGGUCUUUUUUUUUUUAAGAAAAAAAAAGUCUUAUUUUGUAACGUGUGUUGUUACAACCACCGGACAAAUCCUUUUUAACGUUAGGACUCUUUUAUCUCUUAAAUGAUGCUACAAUUAAAAUGAAAUCUGAAGUAGCCAUUCAGUCUUAUGUUUUCUCAACUCUCCUUUCCUUUAUCGUCUUUUCAGCCUCAUUUUGUUCUAAUAUCAACUCGCUGUUGGCUGUUUUCUCUUCUGUUAUUGUGACUCACUUACGCAAAUAACACAAGUUACACAUCUGUUCAGCCUCAAACAUGGAACCACUAGUGUCUUACAGCUGCUGCACUUUGUUUAAAGGUUAAGUUAAUCAAGUUCAUAUCUGACAGAGAAACAUUUCCUCUCUCCUUUACUUAAUAUUUUGUUAUUCUAUGUGAAGUUUGUUUUACCCCCCCAAAACAUCUUGUAUAAUGUAUGAGACAGUCUUAAAAAAAAAGGUAGUAUUUGUGAAUCUAUUUCUCAAUAAAUAUAAAGAAUAUCAUGGUAAUUCUUCUCCCCGAAAAACAGGAAGUAGAGGUUUUCAGAGGUUCACGUGGCAACAAUCCAGCAUUGUUUUUGUAAGAGAGGUUUUCCUCUGUUUAAUGUGCUAAUCUUUGUCAUAUCCUACCCACUUUGUUGCCAGAGAAACUGGACAAUGUAAAUAAUUAAAAACAAUUAAAGAUAUAAACUCUUGAUGUGGACCUCUACAUGUGCAUGGAGUGAAAUAAGAGCAAAAAUAAAGAUUCUUUUCUUUUAA